AUGGCGCGGUACGACAGAGCAAUUACGGUGUUCUCACCGGACGGCCAUUUGUUUCAGGUGGAGUACGCCCUCGAGGCCGUCCGAAAGGGAAACGCCGCAGUCGGUGUUCGAGGCACCGAUACCAUCGUCCUUGCCGUCGAGAAGAAAUCCACCCCCAAGCUCCAGGACUCCAGAUCGGUGAGAAAGAUUGUCAAUUUAGAUAAUCACAUUGCAUUGGCAUGUGCUGGACUUAAAGCAGAUGCACGUGUUCUAAUUAAUAGGGCACGCAUUGAGUGCCAGAGUCAUAAGCUUACAGUUGAGGAUCCUGUGACUGUUGAAUACAUAACUCGCUACAUUGCUGGACUUCAGCAGAAGUAUACACAAAGUGGUGCAUGGAAAGCCAAUGCAACUGGGAGAAACUCAAACUCGAUCAGGGAGUUUCUGGAGAAGAAUUACAAAGAAACAUGUGGCCAGGAGACUGUCAAACUAGCCAUGCGGGCUUUACUUGAAGUUGUUGAGAGUGGUGGAAAGAACCUAGAAGUUGCUGUAAUGACCAAAGAUCAUGGACUUCGCCAGCUUGAAGAAGCUGAAAUUGAUGCCAUUGUUGCUGAAAUUGAAGCGGAGAAAGCAGCUGCAGAGGCUGCCAAGAAGGCCCCUCCCAAGGAAACUUAG